AUGAGGAGGCCAUGGAAGGAGUACGUGGCACCUAAUGGGAAGAAAUAUUAUUAUAAUACAGAGACCAAGGAAACUCAAUGGGAUAAGCCCGUCUUUCAACCUCAACAGAAGAAUGUUAACCAACAAUCCAGCGGUGAUCUUCAGGGAUCAUCUCUAUCAAGCAAAGUUGAUUUUCCUGUGUAUGUUAUACCUCUAUCCAACGAUUGGAAACUAGUAAUAUGGAGUAAUGGUUCCAAGUUCUAUAUUGAUCCGCUUGGUAAAUCACACACAGAAUUGAAUGAUUCGGAUAGUUUAGAAUUACUGGAUUAUAUCAAUCGUGACAAGUUGAUUCUUCUUGUUGGAUUUGCAAGGGGUUAUGUGUCUUCCAAUAUAGACCCAAACAUUAUCUACGAUCAAAUUUUGGAGGAAAUUGAACAAACGAAACAAGAUUUACAGGGAGAUAAAGAUAAUACACUGGACAGUGAUAAUAAUAACAGUGGAUCACAAGAUACGAAGGAAGUAGAGGAACACGUAAAAGAAGAAGACUUGGAGCAACAAAGACAAUUGAUCUCUGAUUUGAAUGAAGUUGAUGAAUCGAGCAAUAUAGCAAGGGAUACUAAUAAUAAAAAUGAAUUCAUAAAAUUGUUUGAUGGGUUCAAUCUGGAUAAAUAUUCAACAUGGAGAAUCGAAAUGAAGAAAAUUGAAUCUCAACCAUCAUUUUUCCUUAUUGAAAAUGAUAAUGAACGUGAGCAACUAUUUGAAGCCUGGUGUUCAAACUCAAAGACAGCCGAGGUUGUUGAUAAUGAAAAUGUUUCCGAAUCAGAUUCAUCCGUGGAGGAGUCGGAUGAAGAAGAGUUAGAACCAACAAAAUAUCAUUACUUAUCACACAUUAUUAGUAAAGGAGAUAUUGCGAGCGAUACAAUAUAUCAAGAUAUUCGUACACAAAACAAAGUACUUUUCAAAGAAUUUAAGAUCAAAGAAUUCGUUCCAUCGAGAAAAGAACAAGAGCAAUUUACUUCACAAUUGUUAUUUUACUAUAAAAAAUUUGAUGUCAAGGAAAGAACAAAACUAUUUGUUGAUUUGCUCAAUAGUAAUAGAGUGCAAUUAACCCAGUCCCUUCAAACCUCUUUGGAGUUGAACAAUAAAGUACAGCUUCCUUCGGAGACACAGUUCCAAACUCUACUAGAAGAGAAUGAUUCGUUUGAGAUAGAGACAACCCUUCUGAAAUUAGAGCAACUGAUAAGCACUCAAGGUUUACUGGACAAAUUAACAGCAGAACCAACCUACUAUGUAAUAGGGAUCAAAGAUAAGACCAUUGAACUAUUUAACUUCUUGAACCAUCUAGUGAAUGUAUCAAAAUAG